AUGAUCAUUCGCUUCGAGGGAGUAGUAGCAGGGAGACAGGAUAAGGGCAAGCAGCGUGCAGAUCCUGACGGCGAUAUAGACAUGCAGACCGCUGGUUCAGAAUCGAACAAGGCAGACAGUACAUCUGUUGAGGACGGUAGCGCGGACAGUGAGGAGUUCUGGGAAGAGGAGAUCGUGCUGCGAGAUCCUAGGAAGGACCCUAGUGUUAAACGCCUGCCGUCGAGGAGGCCGGAAAUCAAGGCCAUGUCGGUGGUGCAGUACGAGUACGACCCCACAAUAUCAGCCUUCCCACCUCCUUCCGCGGUUCUAGUCGCCGGAAUACCACCUCUCACUCCGAACGCGAACAUCAAGCGGCACCUGUCUCAGUACGGCCCUCUCGAAAGCUUCGAGCCUCAAAUCGACCUCACGAACGGCGCGGCACUGGGCAUUGUCUGGGUCAAGUUCAUCACCGCUCCCGGGAUACCUGGCACCGACAAUGCAAAGACAUGCGUUGCGAAGGAACACGGCAAGCCUGCUGCCAUGGGAGGCUUCAAGGCUGCUAGCACUUCCCAGCUCACCGUCGUCAUGGACCCCGAGCAGAAGGUGCUGAAGACCCUGCUAAGGCAGCUCAAUGACCGCCGCAAGGGGAAGGGGAAGGAAACCGUCCAGAAGUCUGCCCCGAACGGGCUUAGCAAGAGCGCCACCCCGCUCACGCCAGCCAUGAACGGUACUCCUGUACCUGCGAAGAUGGAGAAGCCAGCGCCUAUGGGCAACUCAACGCCUCUGGCUCCGACACCGACGCCGAUCGCGCACCAGAUCCCUGGCUUGCCGCAGAACCCUUACCUUGCGGCUGCAGCGAAGGCGCAUCCAUCUCUGCCCAUGAACCCCACUCUGCUCGCACAGACGCCCAUGCAGCACCCGCUGCCGUCUGUUCCGCUGCCUUCCGCGGAGCCUAUGGGGCGCGCGUCCUCGUCCAGAGGCGAUCGAGACAAGGAGCGAGGCCGGCGCCACGAGCGCGAGCGGGAUAGGACGCGGGACCACAGCGACAUUCGCAUGGCCUCACCUCGGCGCAGCCCUUCACGGCGCGAGAGGUCGCCGCCCCGUGGCAGCAGGCGCGACGGCAAGUAUAUCGCGUCGGGUGCACGAGGGCGUGGGGGCAUGUCGUUCUUCCGUGCGCGACGUGACCCGUUGCUGGCUGCGGAGCCGAUGAAGGAGAGCCAUGAGCCACCCCCGCGCGUGAGCUCAGCGGUAGACACUUACAUCCCUGGCAAGCCGGCGCUGGUUGACACUUAUGUCCCUGGGCACGAGCGCACUCGUGGAAGGGACCGGCCAAAGGAGUGGGAGAGUGCUCGCGGGGAAAGGCGGAGGAGUCGAGAGCGUCAUGCGAAGGACGAGAGGAGGAGCAGGCGGCGAUCGAGGUCAGCGUCAAUAUCGAGGUCUCCGGAUCCGCGCUACAGUCGUCGCCCACGACCGCGUGUGACGUCGCCCUCUGUAUCACCUGGGAGGUACGGACGGAGACGCAAGGUAGAUGAUCUCCGGGAUCGCGAUCGAGGUCUGGCCAAGCGGACCGACGUGGUCAACGAACUCGCUAAGCUGGGUAAAGCCUACGUCAAGCUCUCUCUCGGCGGACGACUCAGUGACACAGUGCGCGAGGAUGAAGUCCGCGCCUUCUUCGGUGGAGGGUUCAAGAUCAGCCACGCCCUCAAAGAUCGCAAUGCCUGGUAUGUUACUAUGCCAGACAUGGCGGACGCCAACCGGGCGGUCCACUUCUUCACGAACACGAAUCGUCUCCUCGGGUACAGCACCGUUACCCUCACCGCGCACGAAUGCCCCGCUGGGUCUGUGAAGCAGGACAAGCAGGAGCUCACGGCGGACGACAUUGUCAACAGGGCGGCGGAAAUCGUUAUGUCGGACCUGCGCAAGCUGCUGGAGAAGGAUAUCAAGGAACGUGUGGUGGCGCCGGAUAUACGGAAGCUGCUGGCCACCGAGAAGGCCAAGACCAACCACGCCGUCCAGCAGCAGCCGGUGCCCGCCGUUCCCGACAUCGUCUAUACGGACAAGAAGAGCCUGGCCUCGCUGUCGUUCAAGAAGAUCAAGCGCCCAGCUCCCAAGCUGCCACCCCGGCCGAAGAUCCUGGCCCCUCAACCUGUCGAGAAUGAUGCUUCGGCACCGCAGCAGCAGGACGAGGACGAGGAGGACGCGCCCCAGCAGAAGCGUCAGCGGCGAGAUGUCAAGCGUCGCAAGGUCGUGGCCUCCGACGUCGAGUCCGAGGACGACGAUACUACGUCCAUCACCAUCGUCGACGAUGUCGUUACGGAGCGCAAGCGCGCGUCUGUGGACAGCGAGCUUCCUGAGCCGGUCAAGAAGAAGGUCAGGCUCGACGAUGGCAAUACGCACAAGGAUCGCGAGGUGGGCGUCGAACAAGUGGUGUUGUCGGAGGAGUAUGUCGAGCCGCCAGUUGCUCAGAUUCGCGUUACACCAGAGGUUGCGCCCUCGCCCUCUCCGUCGCUCUCGCUCACCUCGGACCCUACCGUACCUGGGAAGAAGCGGAAGCGUGCGGUCACUCCGUUACCGCCGCCACCGCCUUCGCCGCCUGUGGAUCCACGCGGAACAGGCAUAUGCGAGGACGAGGAGGACAUGUACUUCGCCAAGCUCGUGCUUGCAGACGAGGAACCUCCGUCUAUGCGCGAGCCUUCUCCCGACCCAUCGGACCAACCUCUGUUCAGGAAGCACGAGACUGGAUCCGCACGUACGGAAGGCUACUACAAGAUCAGCCACGCAGAGAAGGCAGCCUAUGUCGCGCAAUACAAGUCGCGCCAGAACGCUCCCGAGCCGGCGCCGGUCGUUCAGGAGCAGAAGCCCCAAGUGCAGUCUUCUCGCUCGAACCGCGCCAACGCGCGUCGUCGUGCUCAGGGCCUGGAGGAGAUGAACCAGAUGCAGCGUGCGCUUGCGUUGUCGAAGGGCGAGACGGCGGCUGGCGAGCUGUCGUUCAAGUUCAACCAGCUCCAGACGCGCAAGAAGCACCUGCGCUUCGCGCGCUCCCCCAUUCACGACUGGGGCUUGUACGCCAUGGAGCGUAUCGCGCGCGGGGAGAUGGUCAUCGAGUAUGUCGGCGAGGUCAUCCGUGCUCAGGUGGCCGACAAGCGCGAGGCGACGUACGAGAGGCAGGGCAUCGGUAGCAGCUACCUCUUCCGUAUCGACGAGGAAAUUGUUGUGGACGCGACGAAGAAGGGCAAUCUUGGGCGCCUCAUCAACCACUCUUGCGAUCCCAAUUGCACAGCGAAGAUCAUCACAAUCAACGGAGAGAAGAAGAUUGUCAUCUACGCUAAGAGGGACAUUGAACUCGGUGACGAGAUCACAUAUGAUUAUCAUUUCCCCUUCGAGCAGGAUAAGAUUCCUUGCCUCUGUGGCACGGCCAAGUGUCGUGGCUUCCUCAACUGA